AUGCUCAUGUCCACAGAAUGUGAGAAAGUCCUCGGCGAUGGCCUCUUGCGAUUACCAGCCCAGCACAACUACCGAUACAGCCCACAGGCAGAGAGGGAUCUCCUUGAACUACUCUUCCGAUCACUUGUAGGGCAUAAUGAGGAGCUGAUACAUCACCUGUUUCCCGAGGGUGUGCCCACCGGAGCGUGGAAACUUGCUGAAGCUCAAGGAGCUAGGGAAGGAGCUGAAUACACCGAAGCUGCGCGAGGAAAGCGAUGCGGCCACAUCUUCCGUGCUGGGGAAGCUACCUACCGAUGUAUAACCUGUGCCGCGGACGAGACCUGUGUGUUGUGUAGCCGAUGCUUCGAUGCAUCUGAUCACACGGGACACCAGUAUCAGAUCUCCCUCUCAUCUGGUAACUGCGGCUGCUGUGACUGCGGUGACGACGAGGCUUGGCGACUGCCACUUUUCUGCGCAAUCCAUACCGACAGUGGUAAUGCCAAGGGCAAAGAGCGCGCUCAGCGUCAGUUGCCCGCGGACUUAGUAGCUUCUAUUCGUCUCACGAUAUCACGUGUAUUAGAUUACUUCUGUGAUGUAAUUUCUUGUUCUCCCGAACAACUGCGUCUACCCAAGACUGUUGAAGGUAUCAAGCAAGAUGAAGAAUCAUCACGAUUGUGCCCUGACUGGUCAGAUGCGGGUGACCAGGCAGAGGAGGAGCCCGAAUUUGCACUUUUGUUGUGGAAUGAUGAGAAGCAUACUAUCCGAGAUGUCGCCCACCAAGUGAGCCGCGCUUGCCGUGAACGAGAUAGCUUUGGUGUUGCACGAGCUCAUGAGACCAACGAUAUGGGCCGAAGUGUUAUCAAGCAUUCGAAAGAUUUGCAUAGAUUGUUAGCUGUGUCGAAGGUCAUCGAGGAGAUCAAGGUCACAGUCACGAUUCGAUCUGCACGCGACACAUUCCGAGAGCAGAUGUGCGCAACACUUGUUGAAUGGCUAGCGGAUAUCGCGGGAGGCAGUAUUCUGGAGGAUAAUGAAAUUUUCCGCCAAAUAAUCUGUGAAGAACUACUCGUUCCCUGGCGGAAAGGCAGUGGAGCUUACAAUGCGGAAAUUGGCAUGAAGGGCAUUGAUGACCAUGAGAGAGCGGAUAAUCUUGGUGGCCGCACUUUCAUGCUCAGCCUUCCCACUCACGGCAAUCUGAUUCUACAAGCCGAUGAUGAGGAGGACGAAGAUGACGAGGACGAGGAUGCUGUUGAUGAGACUAUUGAGGCCGACGACGAUGAAGAUUAUGGAGAAGCUCACGACGAUGCCGACGACGAAGAUGAUGAUAUGGACAUGGAACUCACUCGUCUGCAAGCCGAAGCCGAUGGAGACGGCGACGAGGACAUGGAUAUGGAUAUGGGUGCUGCAGGAGAAGAGUUUGGGCCAGAUGAGCUCGCUAUAGCGCACCGUAUUUUAGCAGGCUUGACUGGCAUGCGACCACCACCCCCGGAGCCCGUCGCCGAGGAAACAGAAGAGGAGGAAGAGCAGUCACAACAGGAGCGGUCAGGCUCAACUCCUCGUGAUACUGAGAGCCAGACGCCCGACCCCAAUAGCUUCGUUUCCAUCCCACGAACCCCGUCGGGAGCGAUAAAACCAAAGCCGGGACGAACAGAAGGUCAUUGGCAAGUCCGGCCCCCCCUUCCGGCCCCUGGCGAAAAGGUUGCCGCAUAUGAAGAUCUGUGGCAACGAACUCGUCUGGAUUGGUUGAUUCUAUAUGACUUGAGACUUUGGAAGAAGACUCGCACCGACCUGCGGGACCUAUACAUCAGCACCGUUGUCAAUGUGCCUCAGUUCAAGCGCAUUAUGGGCCUGCGCUUGUCUGCACUAUACACGGCUCUAGCCCAGCUUUACCUGGUUGCGGAUCGUGAACCAGACCACUCCAUUGUCAACCUUACACUGCAACUUUUGACGACACCCUCCAUUACUGAGGAGAUUGUGCUUCGUGGGAAUUUCCUCACUAAAGUAAUGUCUAUCCUCUACACAUUUUUGACGACAAGACAGGUAGGAGAACCACAGGCUGUCAAUCCUAAUGCAACCUUGGCAUUCGAUGCUGGCUCUGUAACCAAUAGACGUCUGUAUCAUUUCUUCCUUGAUCUCCGCUAUCUCCUUCAAUCCGAAUACGUGCAGCAUCGUGUACGGACGGAAGAGCAAUACUUGCCUCAGUUCUUGGAUCUUGUGAAACUCUCGCAGGGUAUCUGCCCAAACGUUCGUGCGGUUGGUGAGCACGUGGAAUAUGAAACAGAUGCUUGGAUCAGUGCUUCCAUUCUCAUGCGCGAGAUCAACCGCCUCUGUCGACAGUUCUGCGAGGCGUUCAGAAACCCUGAAAUUGAUAACGGGCAGAAUCUUCUGCGUGCAAUCAAGACCACAACGGUGACUGCAAUCGUACACUCUGCAGGAGUGGAACGCAAGCGCUUUGAUCAAGCCGAGAUCAAAGAUGAGGUUCGAUUCAAGACACUGUCUCCAUUUGACUUUGAGGUCGGUUCCUCUGGCCAGAUUCCCUGCCAUCGCGUGGUGGAAUUUGUUGUCGAGAAGGGCUCAAUCAGUUUCCAUCAUGCUCUCCACUACACCCUUUCAUGGCUUAUUGAGUGUGGUCGCGAUGUGAGCAGCGGAGUCAUUCGCAACGUUCUCCUUGAGGCUGCCCAAGAAGCCAGGAAUGAGCUACAUGCUGCCAAAGCAGCCGACGACACUAAAAUUGACGAUGGUCUCCUGGCCCUUGGGCCCGAAGAUCUGCUUUUGGUCAUGUUCGACUAUCCUCUGAGAGUGUGCGCUUGGCUUGCUCAGAUGAAAGCUGGAAUGUGGGUCCGCAAUGGCCUCAGUCUCCGCCACCAGAUGUCACAAUAUCGUGGAGUUUCUUCCCGCGAUUUCGCCUAUUAUCGGGAUAUCUUCCUUCUGCAGACUGCCCUGGUGACAUGUGACCCGAGCAAGGUUCUUGCUUCUAUCGCGCAUAGAUUCGGGGUUACCGAUUGGAUGGCUCGCAAUUACUUGCCUCGUCCUGGCUUUGAGGAUACUCAGAUCGUCGAUGUUGCCGAAGAGUUCGUCCACCUGUUGGUCAUUCUGUUGACCGACCGCACCUCCUUGACGGCCAUUGAUGAUAGCACCCACAUGACCAAGGAGAACAUUAGCCGAGACAUUGCCCACGUUCUGUGCUUCAAGCCACUCUCCUUCUCCGAUCUUUCAACCCGCUUGAGUGACAAGCUGCUUGAAUCAGACGAGUUCCAAGAUGUGCUGGAAGAAGUCGCCAACUUUCGUCCUCCGGAGGGCAUGAGUGACUCUGGAACCUUUGAGCUGAAGCCAGAAUACCUUGAUCUGGUGGAUCCAUACAGUGCACACUAUACAAAGAACCAGAGAGAUGAGGCAGAGAGCAUCUACAGGGAUUGGAUAGCCAAGAAGACUGGCAAGAAGGCCUCUGACAUUGUAUAUGAGCCAAAGCUUCGAACCAUCAGCUCUGGCGUUUUCUCUGAUCUGCCAAGUUUCACUGGAACUAUGCUUUUUGCACAGCUCGUCCAUCAGUGCCUUGAGUAUGUCAUCUUCGCAAAGGAGUGCACUCCUUCAAUCCCGCCUACUCGUGUCGAGACUUUCCUUCAGGUGAUACUGCAUCUUAUUCUUGCUGCGGUGCUUGAGGACGAGACCCAAGACGACAGCAUGGAGACCGAACAGGAAAAAUCCUUCAACCUGCAUGCCCUUUCAAAAUCCAGGGAGAUUAAGGCUGGUAACUUGACGAUCGUCGGUCUUCUGGAGAAGAUCUCAGUGACCAACGAGUUUACGGCAUGUGGGCCUAAGAUCCGUCAUAUUCUCAAGCGUCUGUGGCAAAAACGUCCCCGCACCUUUACUUCUGCAACUGCUUCUCUUAAAUUCCCAUUUGACCGCAUCGAUACAAACUCACCUGCGAUUGACAUCGAUAAUGAGAAGGAACUUAAAAAGAAGCAGGCUGCGGAGAGACAGGCGCGAGUGAUGGCUCAAUUCCAGCAGCAGCAACAAAACUUCCUGAACAGUCAAGGUGAUAUUGACUGGGGCGAGGAAGACCUCAGCGAUUUGGGAUCUGAGACCGAGGCUGCACCUGAAACCAAGGUCUGGAAAUACCCCAGUGGGACCUGUAUCUUAUGUCAGGAAGAGACCAGUGAUUCAAGAUUGUAUGGUACCUUUGCAUUGUUACAGGAAAGUACUAUUCUGCGACAGACCGAUAUCAGGGACCCUGAUCGAAUUCGCGAAGCAAUCAAGACUCCCUGCAGCUUGGAUAGAUCUGCCGAGGACAUUCGUCCGUUUGGAGUUGCUGGAGAGAACCGAACCACAAUUCGGCGGUUGGAUUCAUCGGGUGGAGAAGUCAUCAGUGAAAAAGUAGGCUUGAGCAAGGGUUUCAACCCAAAGACUACCUUACGCGGACCAGUAACAACUGGCUGUGGGCACAUCAUGCACUACUCCUGCUUUGAGGUCUAUUAUGCAGCCACACACAGACGGCACAGCCAACAAAUCGCCCGCAACCACCCCGAGAACACCGGGCUCAAGGAAUUUGUGUGUCCGUUGUGCAAAGCCCUUGGUAAUGCAUUCCUGCCAAUCACCUGGAAGGGUAAGGAGGAAUCUUACCCCGGGGCCUUGGCGACGUCUUCCUCCUUUGACGAUUGGAUGAACAAGGGUCUCAAGAACUCAUUGAACCAGUCGCAGAAUUUCCCUGUCCUCAUGGUCGAGAAAGACAAGGGCUAUCCGCAAACCUACACUGAUUUGUUUGUUGAAUACCUUUCAAAAUCACUGGUUCCUCCACUGGCUUCCAAGGUCGCUCAACUCAUAGCACCCUCUUCAAUCCCAUCGAUUACCCAAUCGGUGCCCAGCCAGUUCGUUUCCAACAAUGUGCGCAUUGAUAUUCCUGGGCUCUUCCCUGGCUCAGAAGAAAUCUCCCCAUCAAGUCCUCUCCAGCAAGCUCCCGGUCCGCAUACUCCCAUGACUGAGCUACUCCAGAUUUAUAAGCGUCUGAAGAAAACCAUCAAGAUGAACCAUAUCAACUCGAUCUUCAACAAUAGCCCUGAUACAAUCAACAAUGAUGACUUGGUUCAUACCGACUCCCUGAUCCGAAGCUUCGGUUUCAGUAUCUCCGCGGUCGAGAUUGCCCAACGUGGUGUUGAGUCGGAACCUGGAUCUACUCUUUUGGAUAAAAUCCCACCACUGACGCUGACACAUCUUCGUGUUCUGGCUGAGACAGCGCUGACAUACGCCGCUGUUGGAAUUGUCUCCUCGCGCAACAACACGAAGAGUCGCCCGGCUCUGGAGUUCCAAGAGAUGCAUCGACAGAAGAUCUGUCAGCUUCUCGUCGGGCAUCCUUGCCUGAGCGGUACACCACUGCUGAAUGAUGUCCGGAAUAUUGAACCCCUGCUUGCUAUGGAUACAUUUGUAUUCCUCGCAGAAUGCUCCAUUUCCUUGCUGCCGGUUCUCAACAUUGAAAUGCCCCAUCUGAUCCAGAUGUGCUACGUUGCUGAGAUUGUCAAGGUUGCUGUCACAUUCAUUCUUUGGCCAUUGGGAUUGAAAGAAGAGAUUGCCAGCCAGGGAGAGACCACUUUCACUGAUGACGAGCUUUCAACUGCGCGCUACGAUGUGACUAAACACUUCUUUGACUCGAUCGUCUCCGAGCUUAGAGCAAACUCCGUUGGGCGCGCCGAGGGCUCCUCGUGGCCCGCAGCAAGUGGAUAUGUCAAGGAUGGAGAAGAGUCAGCAACCCCAGCUGUCAUCAUUGCUCUGCGCCGCCUCGUUUCGAGCUAUGCUCUUACCUUCCUGCGCAAGGCUGUUAUUCUUCUAAAUGUCCAGUACGGUGUUGAUUUCCCCAACACUGGUUUCGCUGAUGUUGGCUCAUCAGAGCUUGACAGACUUACCAAGGUCCUGCAUCUGCCUUCCCUUGACGAGAUCUUGAUGACCAUCAAUCCUGCACGCACAAGUACCAGUUCCUUCGAUGCUAUAAUCUCCGGAUGGAUAUUCCACUGGAAUGCAUCGCGCUCGGGUAUCCGCUUCGAUGAUCACCGCUUGUGGCCCAGCCUUCCACACCCGGCUAUUUUCGAACUGGUCGGCCUGCCUAAAUACUUCGACAGCUUGAUCGAAGAAGCAAACCGGCGCCGUUGCCCCAGUUCCAAGAAGGAACUCAGCGACCCCAGCAUUUGCCUUUUCUGCGGUGACAUCUUCUGCUCCCAGGCAGUGUGCUGCAUGCACAACAAGCUGGGUGGCUGUAACCAACAUGUUAAGAAAUGUGGCAAAAACAUUGGUCUAUUCAUAAACAUCCGCAAGUGCACAGUCCUCUACCUCCAUAACCAAAAUGGAUCCUGGCACUACGCCCCCUAUCUGGACCGCCACGGAGAAGUAGACCCCGGUCUCCGACGCAACCGCCAACUUAUUCUUAACCAAAAACGUUACGACAGGCUGCUGCGUGAUGUCUGGUUAUCUCACUCCAUCCCCGCCACCAUCAGCCGCAAACUAGAGUCUGAAAUCAACAAUGGUGGAUGGGAAACGAUUUAA